AUUAUAAAUUUGUGAUUGUGUUGACGCAAUACUAAAUUCUCUAUAUUGUUUCAACCCAAACCAUUAUAACUUAAAUUUCAAUGAUUUGUUUUUAAAUAUUAAACUGGUAAUAGCUUAUGUAACUUUUUGUAACUAUAAUUUAUAAUUUGUAGUAAUAAUAAGUACAUAUCUGCAACUACAUUUAUUAGUUUAUAAUAGUUUUGUGAUAGAGUUAUGAAUAAGUUAACUCAAAAGUUAUUAACAAGUCGGCCUAAUAUACUGACUUUACGUUUCCUAACAUCUGAUUCAAUAAAAGCAGCAAAACUUUCAUCUGCAGAGUACAACAAUGCACAAAAAAGCAGUGAAGCUCCUCCAUUUGUCAUACUCCAUGGAUUGUUGGGAUCAAAACAAAACUGGACUAGUCUGUGCAAAGCUUUUGCACAAAAAAUUGAACCCUCUAGGAAAAUAGUUGCAUUAGAUCUUAGAAAUCAUGGUGAAAGUGAGCACACAGAAGAACACACCUAUGAACACAUGGUUGAGGAUCUUAAGCAUUUUCUGCAAGAGAGAAAAAUUGAUAAAAUGACCCUGAUGGGACACUCAAUGGGUGGCAGGUGCUCCAUGUUAUUUGCUUUAAAAUAUCCAGAGUUUCUAGAAAAACUCAUUGUGGUGGAUAUAUCACCCAUUGGUACAGUGUCACGGAAGUCGGAAUUGGUGCAUAUCCUAAGUACUUUAGAAAAAAUAGAAAUGCCCAAGGACAUGCCUCUAAGUAAAGCGGGAAGAUUUGUAGAGGAUCAACUUGCCAAGGAGUUCCAUGAAAAUGAUCUCAGAAAGUUCUUGUUAACAAACCUGACAUCAGAUGGAAAAAAUGGAUUUAAAUGGAGAGUUAAUGUACCAGCUCUUAUAAAAAAUAUAGAGCACAUUACAGAUUAUCAGCUUUCAGAAAGACAAUACAUUGGUAGCACUUUAUUUAUAGGAGGCGAAAAAUCCCAGCAUUUACCACUGAUCUGUAUCAAUGGCCAGUUGCCAAAAUAUGGUCUAACAUUUAAAUACAACACUGUGUCUGUCAAAAUGACACUUUUCCAAAUUUUCAGUGCGUUUCGUUUCAAGAUAUUCGCAAUAAAAUGUAUCCCGAAAAAUGUGCGGUUCAAAGCGGAUUUAGCUCAAACGAAUCAAAAUUAUCGAAGCAUUAUCGAUAUGGCCUACGCUUCUUAUCAAAGCACAGACUCGAUGUUCGGUAAAAUAAACCAACAGGAUGUACUGGCUCCGUUGGUGAUUGUUCAUGGUAUUUUAGGCUCGAAAGCGAAUUUUAAUACGUUAUGUAAAAGGUAUCAUCAAGUCUCAAAACCUAAACGUUUAAUAUUCGCUGUUGAUCUGAGGAAUCACGGCGAUUCAUCUCAUUCGAAAGACAACAGUUAUGACGAUCUGGUAAUGGACAUGUUGAAAUUUUUGCAAUCGAUGGGUUUGGGAAAAGUGGUCGUUAUGGGACACGAUAUUGGCGGUAGGACUGCCAUGUUGCUUGCCCUUAAAUAUCCGGAAUUGGUUGAAAAGCUUAUAGUGAGUGACAUUUCCCCGAUAAGUACGAGCCACAGUUUCAAAGUGUUUCCCGAAGUGCUGAAAACGUUAAACACUCUAGUGUUUCCCCCAAAUCUGCCCCCGGACCAAGCAAAAGCUCACGUCGUAAAUUGUUUAAGUAGAAUCGUAAAAAGUAAAGGAUUGAUGACGUUGAUUUUGAUGAGUUUGGUGCCUAAGUCUGAAGGAAGCUACACUUGGCGUUUUAACAAUAAAGUGUUGCUGGAGCAUUUUGAAGAGCUAGCCGCUUUUCCUGAUAUACAUAAUUUAAGCUAUACGGGUCCCACUAUGUUUGUGGGAGGAGGCAAAUCGGAUUUUAUACAGAGAAGCGACUACCCAAAAAUCCAGAAAUUAUUUCCAAAUUCGGAAUUGAAAUACAUCGAGGGCGCAGGACACUGGGUGCAUGCGGAAAAGCCAAACGAAUUUUUUAAAAUGACCAUGGAUUUCUUAUCUAAAAAAACGUCCUAGAAUACGCUAUAAAUAAUUUGUCGUUUGAAAAUUGGGUAUUGAUUAAAGGAAGUUUUUUUA